AUGUAUUAUCUUAACUAUAUCGAUAUAUUUGAUUCGUAUGUUGAUGGUAGACAUAUUAUCAUAAUGGAACAAAUACAAAAUUGUCCAUUAUUAUCAAUAUUUUGUAUUAUACUUAAUCAUUGGCCUUUAUUAACAUGUCUGGUUCGUUUUGUUAAACCACUUAUAAAUGAAUUAGAACUAAAUCUUAUUCUCAAAGUUGAUAAUCAUCAUGUAUGUAAUUUUAUUCAAGAAUUUAUUAAAGAGAAAAGAAUUUUGUUUAAAAUCUAG